GCCACCACUCCAUUCUCUUUUGCUACCCCUACAUGGCUAUGCCAUUGCUUUCUACCAUAUAACCCUCCUCAAUGGACGAGGGUUCUGAUUCUAAAGCCCCUCGCCGGAAGAGGGUAUCUCGCGCCUGUGAUCGAUGUCGAAGUAAAAAAGACAAAUGUGACGGGCUUCGUCCGGCUUGUUCGGCCUGUCAGGCCUCCGGCCAAACCUGUUCCUACGAUCCUCACGCAAAGAAGCGCGGCUUACCGGAAGGAUAUGUCCGCGGACUGGAGAAGCUGUGGGCCUUGUCGAUCUGCAACAUUGAAGGCUUCGAAGACACCAUGCUAGCUCUAUUGGGCACUACAGCUGAAUCAGCGUAUCGGAGAAACAAGCUCAUGUCACUCUGGACUGACGAUAGCACCUCUGAAUCCUUACACGAAUCAUGGAAGACGAGUCGGCUCUACAGCGCGCUCGAGAAGAUGCUGUCGAAUUCCGAUCCAUCGCCUCACCCCUCGGGAAAACGAACUCGAGAAGAUCACGAGGACGACUCAACCGGCGGGGGGGCAGAAUGGGGAUUUCGAAUCGAUCGGAGCUCGACUGUCCAGUCGCUCGACAAUCCGCGUGUAGUUGGGCCCUCCAAUUUCUCUCAACCAAAGCGACCCAGACUGUCAUUACCACCUGAAAGUCAACCGCCGUCGCAGACCAAGAACGGGAAGCAGGCGCUACAAUUGCCGCCACAGACAUCGCAGCUCCUGGACAUCUAUUUUGCCGUGACUCACUCGUGGUUUCCUAUUGUUGCCAAGCACAACAUUCUUCGUGCCUCCUACUUGUACGCAGGUGCGCCCGUGUCUGUGGCGAAAAUGGCUCCCGGUUCGGGUGACCAUGCUGCCCUGUGGGCCUUGCUUAGUUAUACCAUCUCGCAAUCCCGGAUCAACCCGCAGGACGGGCCUUCAGGAGUGCUCGCCCAGACAAAGGAGUAUUAUUCGGUUGCUCGUUCCUUGAUUCCGACUGAGACUGAACGUUAUGAACUUGGGCAUGUGCAGGCACUGCUUUUGCUCACCCUGGUCAAUGUGGGAUUGGAAGAUUGGACGGCUGCUUGGUUAUUGGGGGGUCAAGCAGUUCGGAUGGCGAUCUCCAUGGAUUUAGGUGUCUUCGCAGAUGUGCGACGCUCUGACGAAUUGCGGCAGGGCAAGGCCGUGUUCCUUGGUUGUUUUGUCGUAGACUCUUUGCUGUCGUUCCGCAUGUCGAGGCGACCUUCCAUGCAUCCUCGGGAUCUUAACACGGUGGGUUUAUUGGAGGAGGAUGGCCUGGAAGAAUGGAAUUCAUGGGCAGACGUGUUGCCCCCCACAACAGUUGGGCAGGGUAAGAGUCCGCGUCGCGGCCCUCUCCUCGCUUUGAGUUGUUUCAAUCGACUAGUCGAGUUAGCUAGCGUGCUGAACAAGAUCGCUCGCGACUUUUCGCCGGGCUCGGGCGCUCCGCUCUUCUCUCAGCAGCUGGUUCUCGAACUCAAACAGUGGGAUGAUCGUCUGCCACUUGGAUGCCGCUUGAUUGGUCCCGAAAGCAUCUAUCCGGAACGACAUUCCUCUUUACUUCCCCAUCAGAGUUAUCUGGCACUGACUUAUGUUGCUACUCUUCUCUGGCUUUAUCUCCGCAUUGCUCCUCAAGAGCUCGGGUUACCUCGGUCUCAACGUCCAGCUGUGGAAGGGGCGAAGAAGCUUCUCUACCGGGCUCUUCCUAUCAUCACUCAGCAUCUAGAAAAUUUCCACCUCUGCGGUUUGCCGCCUCUAUUCGAACUUUCCCUACGGACAAUAGCCGAGCAAGCUUUCGUCUUACGCAAUAAGAUCGAAUCAGACAUGUUCCCGUUUGCACAAUGGGCGGAAGCAUUGGUGGAGCGAACGACUAUACUGGGCACUACUUGGCCUGUCUACCGCUCAUUGUGUACUACUAUCGACCAUUGGAAUCGUUCCAAGGAGCUCCCUGGAACCCCAAUGGCGUCUUUCCGGGGUGUUGAAGCGGAGGGUGCUCCACGGUUAGCACACGGAGUCACCAGUAAUCCGUUCACACCUGCGCCUAUACCUACUUCGUCAGUCGGGUAUCAAGCCUUACCUGGAGAAGCUUCGCUAAGUGCUCAAACGCGCAGAAAUGUUUCUGAUUUGCGUGACCCUGUUUACACGACGUCCAUCACGGGUAUCAGCAUUCCAGUAGACGGACAGUACAUGACGCCAAAGGAUACAGUCAUGGAAAAUGCUGAUCUAUCGAUGAUAGAUGCGUCGUUCCAAGCCCCACCAGGAAGGGCAGCGGUUCAUAUGGACAAGUCUAGCCCUGCGAAUGGGUUGACUGCGGCUCUGGCACGGGCACCACAUUCUCAUCCAACAACUCCUGAUUCCUCCGUAUCGGCGUCCUUGAUGCCUGGUAUAUCCGGAGCACCAAGCGAUCGUUCCAUUCCCCGGAGCGAACAUAUGGACUCUCGAGAUUCUCGAACCAAUAAUCCUGCUGAACCUCAUCUUGGGUCAACAGGCGAUAUUGAUGCCAUUUUCCGAGAUCUGGCUUACCUUGAUACCACAGAAUGGGCGACUAGUCGCGAGGCGGCAUUGAAGGAUUUUGGUUUUAUCGAUGACAGCACGUUUCAGGCAUUCUGUCAUGAUCCGGAUCGCCUUGCUGGGUCUCAGCCCUUGGUCCAUCCGCCUUCAAUUGCGGACAUAUGGCCACCUCCAGGCUUUUUUCCGGAAACAUUCCAAGAACCGAUGGAGGACACAAUGGAGGGUUAGUUGGGAAACAGCCGACUGGCGUCCCUUGGAAAGGAUAUAUAUGCCUCAGGAGUCUCUGUCGGGUUCUGUUGGUAGUGUUGCUUCAUGGCUUGCAAUACCAUUAGCAUCAUCGAACGACGCCGUGAGAUGGGUCACCUAGUGCCGCGCACUCAUCUCUUUGUUAUCUUGUUCUAUUUAGAUACCCAAUGCAAGCGCGCUACAGGUAUAAUGUCUCAUUGGUUCUUUUGCUGAGAUAGACUCAUUAUCUGGUAGUUCCGUACAUUCGAGGUUGGUGAUAUGGUGUUGACAGGCAACACUAGUUGGUGGUUGAUGUACCAUUGUGACACAAUUCUCCACAUUAUUGCUAUACAUUAUUGCUAUACCUAUACAUUCUCAUACUCCAGGAGAGCAUGCAAAGGCCAGGAACUUGACAAACCAGGACCUUCUCUAGAUAAUUCCGC